AUGGCAGUGGGCAGCACAGACAAGACCAAGUUGUGUUCAGCAGCUUGUCAGCUGGCCUGCGAGCGUGUCCCCAAGGGGCCUCAGAUCCGGGCUCGGGGGCACUACCAGCCCCGGGCCCCAUGUCCCAGCCCCACCCGCUGCGCUACAGGCCCGGCCCGGCCCCCGGCAGCCCCCCGAGCCCCUGCCGGCCGAGCUCCCGCCGCACCUGGCUCUUCCCGCAGGGCCUCGCAAGCGGCUUUCCUGACCUCCAGCGCCCCCUCGGGCCGGCCGGGGCGGAACACGGCCGUGUGCAGCUCGACCUGCGGCGCGGCGCCCGGCCCCGAGUCCGGCGGCCGGAAGACCUCGCGGAGCAGCUCCUCCAGGCGGCGCCGCGCCUCCGCCUCCUCCUCCGGCCGGGGCUGCACGAUCACCCCCACCAGGGCGGCGGGCGCGCCGCGGCUCUGCUCCCGCACGCCCCGCAGCGCCUCCCGCAGCCGCUCGGCCCGGCCCCGCAGCGACGGGGCGCGGCACAGGAAGAAGAUGAGCUGCCCGGCCGGGGCCGCGCUGGGGCUGGCGGCGCGGCGGGCCUCGGGCAGCCCCCGGUGCGCGAAGGAGCUGAGCGCGGCCUGCGCGCGGGCCGCCUCCCGCGACUCGCCGGCCAGCAGCAGCACCUGCGUCCGCUGCACCACGGCCGGGAACUGCGCGUCCGGGCUCUCGGCGGCGCUCGCCGGCCCCGACUGCUCCCGCCGCUGCAUGGCCGCCCGCCGCUGGGCCGGGCCCGCGGGGCCAUGUCACAAUCGCACCCUAGACUGGCUCGGGCCGCGCUGCCUCCGGCGGGCGAGCCCAGGGCAGCCAGCCCCUGCCCGGCCGGGUCGGCUCCCAAUAGCUCAGAGACUCCGCGCGGCGCCGCUGCGGGCUCGCAGGGCUUUAUUGGUGCCUCCUGCCGGCGGCAGACCCCCGAGCCGCUCUGCCUCCUGCUGGAAGGGUUGUUCCCCCAGUGCCAGGGUAGAGUCUGCCCCGCAGGCCGGGCAGGGGGAGGCCCUUUCGGAGGCGUGGGCGUGCAGAAGAUGCUGUUUGGGUUUCACGAGCCACACUCUUCAAAGUCCUGGGGGCACUCUGUGUGGCGUGCACUGGUAUUAUUGGAAGCCAGUACAUGAACACUCGCACCUGACACUGUGGUCCCAUCGGGCCUGCUCCCUGCCCACAGUCUGGCCCAAGGACUGCAGCGAGAUAACCUGGAACAGGGUCAGCGGCAUCUUCGUCAUCCAACCCACAGGACUCCACCAGAUUGUAGUUUACUGUGACUUGAAUAGCACCAGUGACGGCUGGACGGUCCUCCAGCGGAACCGGCAAGACACACAGAUCACCUGGGCUGAGUCCUGGAGCACCUACAAGUACGGCUUUGGCAACGUGCACAAUGACUACUGGCUGGGGAUGGAGUACAUCUAUCAGAUCGCCAAGCAGAAGGUCUACCAGGUCAGGUUUGUCAUUCAUGAUUCAUCCGGCACCAUGAAGUAAGCAGACUACAACCUCUUCUGUCUGGAAGACGAGUCCAAAGGCUACAGGCUGAGGCUGGGCUCUUACACUGGGAUUGCAGGGGAUGCCAUGACUUCAAACAAUCCAACCACCAUGCAUGACAACAUGAAGUUCACGGCUAAAGACCUGGAUCAAGACAUUUAUGGUGGGAAUUGUGCAUCUAGCUAUGGUGGGGGCUGGUGGUACUCAGCUUGUUAUUCUGUUCGACUGAACGUCAAAGGGAGCGUCACUUGGGGUAGUUUCUGUAAUGGAAACUGCCAAGCUUCUGCCAUCCUCAUCAAACCAGCAACUUACUGUUAGUCACCCCUUCCCCACUCUCCCGUCUACAGUGAGGCCGACCCCUGCUCCACGAAGGGAGGGAAAAGGGUCUGAAUGUGUCAUGGCCAAACCUCACACCCAACUCGGAGGGGGAAGUAUUAUGUUUAUCCAAAAUGGGGCAACUUCC